GCACACCAUGGCAGCGAACCUGCUGGUGCCGGCGGAGGACAAACCUACGGAAAUGGUGGCUCACCCGUUGGUGCUGGAGGUGGAGAACACCACAGCAGCGAACCUGCUGGUGCAGGCGGUGGACAAACUUAUGGCGGUGGUAGUGCACCUACUGGCGCCGGUGGAGGACAAACCUACGGAAGUGGUGGCGCACCUGUUGGUGCUGGAGGUGGAGAACACCAUGGCAGCGAGCCUGCUGGUGCAGGUGGUGGACAGACCUAUGGUGGUGGUAAUGAACCUGCUGGCGCCGGUGGAGGACAAACUUACGGCAGCGGCGGCAGCAUGAAGAGACUAUACAAGAAGAAACGUGCUCGUGUAGUUUGA